AGUUCGGCUGAGCAGCAUCUCUCUUCUUCCCCCCAGCUUGCUGGUAGUUCCUGCUGACGAGACCAUACAGCUGUCUCGGCGAGAUGUUCUCGACGGCGAUCGUGCUGAUUGUUCUCGGCUGCGCGCUGCGAUCGUCCGCGCAAUUCCCCAGCCCCAGCGAAGCACAAGCUAAAUGCUGCCCCCAUUGGUACAGCGGAAACUUGGCCGCUUUCCACAAGUGCACCUCUAAGUACGGGUUCUGGCCCAUCUGUCCCCGAGAUCCUCUCGCGUUCGGCUGCCGAUACCGGGGACAAUGGUACGCAGUCGGCAGCAUCAUUGAAGCCAACGCCAAGAAGUGCUAUGAAGUCCACUGUGUGCGCAAGGCGCCGUCUUUGUGGCCGUCCGUGCGCAUAAAGCACAUCAGCAAGGAAUGCAACUGCUGCGAGUUCAAGGGGCGGAUAUAUGAGCAUGACCAUAUCAUCCAUCUGAAUGAAUGCGAAAGGAUCCAGUGCAACAACGGAACCUGGGAAAAACUACCGCAAGCGCCUGGAGACACCUGGGCAUGCCCCGCAGGCUCCACGCCCUGGGACGACUUCUGCAUCUACUUCUGGCCCGUCAUCAUGAGCUGGCCCGACGCCCAGAAGAUCUGCCACCUGCUCGGCGGCUCGCUGAUCGUGCCGCAGGGGCCGGACGACAACGAGAUGAUCGCCGACGGGCUACGCGGCGCCGGCGGCUGGCUGGGGGCCAGCAACGGCAAGUGGCCGGACACCAGCGGACGCGCGUGGAAGGUGUCGCCAUGGGCACGCGGACAGCCCACCAACGGCACCGCUGACAAGUGUCUGGGCAUCGCCUCCGGUGACCGAGCGUGGAGCGCGCUGCCCUGCGACGGGGCAGACCACGCCCUGAAGCCGAUCUGCUUCGUGAAGAAGGUCCCCUGCGAUCAGCGCGGAUGCGUGGUGAACGGCGAAAAUUUUGACCACGGAGAUGUCAUCCACCUCUUCGACGACUGUCACCGCAUCAUUUGCGACGACGGAUACCCAGUGCAUGAAGUUCGUCCCGAAUGCUGCUACUUCGAGGGCUGGCAAGGACAAUGGGGCGCCGGUUACUACCCGCCGGGUUUCUUCAACCCAUUCCCGCACAUCCAUUGCUACUGCCACAAAAACGGCCAAGUCAACUGCCUCGACAAACCCAUCCCCGAGGAAGAGCUGACACCGGUGAAGGAGUAGCGGGAAACGGCUCCCCGAUCAGCUGACCCAAGACACGACGAAACUUCGCGCGCAAGCGAACGCUGAUUAUCCUGCAAAUGGAGAUGGCUUGGCGCCGUGGAGAUGUGCAUUUUAACCACAUGUAAUGCUCCCAAGUGCUUGAUCAACGUGUGUUUGAGCUGCUGCUAACAACGGUACAUACCGGGCGCAAAUUACAUAGGCCCUUAACAUUUCUUUUCGGCGCCUUAUGAUAUGAAAGGUAUUUGCUGUCGUUGCUCAACCGAUUGCCAUGCAUAACUGUUUUUCUUGCAGAUUUGUAUGUCAUCGGUCAGUUCCGCUUACUGGUAUAUUGUCUGGAAAUCUGUUGCUGCUUCCUCUCAAAGUCGUCAUGACCUGGGAUCGGUUGAAAACUGCACAUAGAUAGGAAACGUGCACAACACUCGUCUUAUCGAAAUGGUUGAUUUGAAGUACGGCUCCGGCCCGAUGCACAGCAAUGCAGCUUGUUCUCCAUUUCAUCAUGAAAUACAUCAAACUCACCUCCA